AUGAAUGAAGGGUUAUUGGAGCGAUACAACGCAGUAAUCCGACAAUACCUGGAGCUAGGACAAGCUGAAGUGGUACCUAAGAGUAUUCCUAUCGAUCGGGCCACCUAUUAUAUGCCACAUCGGCAAGUUAUACGAGAGGAAUGGCUGUCCACCAAGCUCCGGGUCGUGUUUGACGCAUCGUCACACGCUCAAGGCUUUCCAUCACUCAACGACUGCCUGGAUAAAGGGGUGAACCUCACCCCAGAGUUACUACAAGUACUGCUUUGCUUUCGGUGGUUUCCGGUCGCCAUCAACACGGAUAUCGAGAAGGCAUUCUUACAAGUUGAGAUACAGGAGACCAACCGAGAUGCAUUCCAGUUUCUCUGGUUUGAUGGCAUUCCGGUCACCCAAAACAGUAUCAUUAUCGAAUGGCGCAUGACCCGGGUACCGUUUCAAUCAACAUCAAGCCCUUUCUUGCUCAUGGCGAGUGUUCAUUACCACUUGGACAGCACUUGUGAGGACCAAGCGCUUGCUUCUAUUUUGAAAAAGUCCUUUUAUGUAGACGGUUUACUGGUGGGUGCCGAGACAUUUGAAGAUGGUCUGAGCAUCUAUGACCGAUCGAAGUUUAUUUUGCGAGAUGCAGGCUUGACUCUCAGAAAAUGGAAGACCAAUAACCAGCAACUACAGAACAUUUUCGACAACCAGAAGGAGCAAGUGGAAGAGCCAACCAACAGUGAUGACGAAGCUCGAAGUGCACAGGCUGCGCGACGUGACCUCAGCAAGAAGUUGCGAUACCGCCAGAAGCUCAUGGACCACCUGUGGAUCCGAUGGAAGAAAGAAUACCUCUUCGUGCAGAAGGAACAUGCGGAACGUGGCGUUAGUGCUGCCAGAUUGCACUCCGGCGAUGAUGGACUGUGA